AUGUAUAUAUUACAUUCAAAUGGAAUAUUGUUUCAAAAAAAGAUAAACCUAAAAAAGAUAUUUAUAUUUAAAUUCUUACUUAUUCAAAAACACAGCUUUUUAAAUUCAACAAACAAAUCGGAAAUAUUUUCAACAUACCGUAUUCUACAAUAUAAAAAAAGUCUUGUAUUUUCUGUUAUUUCAGAUGUUGAUUCCUAUUCAACUUUUAUACCAUACUGUCUAACUUCGAAAGUAACUAAGCGUAAUAAAGAUGGAUUACCACAAACAGCAGAUUUAAGGAUUGGCUGGAAAAAAUACGACGAAAUAUUCACUAGUGAAAUAAGUUAUCUUUCUUAUGAUUGCAUAAUAGUAGCAAAUGCAUCUAAUCAUCCACUUUUUCAUAAAUUACAAGCUACAUGGUAUUUAAAAGAUAUAAAAACAGCAAAUAGUUCUGAAAAAAAAACAAAAAUAUCGUUAAUUCUAAACUGCAAAUUUUCUAAUCCUUUGCAUACUAUGAUCAGUAUUGCAGCAAUACCAACGAUUUCUACACUUAUAAUUAACGCAUUUGAAACUAGAAUUAAACAUAUUGCAAAAGCGAGUUAA